AUGUACUCUUUUCAAGUCACUUCGGCCUUGAUGGCUGUGGCUAAUUCGGUCUUGUACUUCUCCGAUGCUGCUAUUGCCAAAGCCGUCUUUGCCCACUACAUGGUGGGCACCACCACCGAGCCUCAUGUCCACACGGACAUCGACGACGCCGCAGCCGCCGGCCUCGACGGUUUCGCGCUCAACAUCGGCGACCCACGAGCAUCCUACGUGACCGACACCAUCUCCUACAUGUUCGACUACACAGCCUCCAACCACCCCGACUUCCACCUGCUCUUCUCCCUCGACCUCGCCGCCGCCACGGGCGCCGGCGCCAGCCUCAGCGACUACAACGCCCUCCUCACGCAAUACACGGCGCACGCGGCCUACGCGCGGGGGCCGGCGCCGGACGCCUACCCGUUCGUCAGCACCUACUCGGACGGCGGGCUGACCAACGAGACGUGGGACGAGUGGCGCGGUAGCGCCAGCGCCUUCGCGGCGGGCGCCGGCGGCGGCGUCUACUUCGUGCCCGACUUCGACGGCACGCAGGGCUACUACGACGGCGCCGACGGCUGGUGGGCGUACUGGGGCGGCGUCGUCGACGGCCUCUUCAGCUGGGAGGCGGCGUGGCCGGAGCGCGCGGGGGUGGGCGGCGCGUUCCCCGGCGACACGGGGCCGGACGAGGUGGUUGCGGCGGCGGCGGAGGCGCGGGGGAAGAGUUAUAUGGUUGCGUUGAGUCCUCUGCAGUACAAGAAUGCGUACCAAACCAAUCUCUACCGUCCCGGCGAGCUCAACCUUCCGGAGCGCAUGAAGAACGUCCUCGAGAUGAGCACCGCCCCCGAAUACGCCGAAGUCAUUACUUGGAACGACGGCCCGGAAUCCCACUACAUCGGCAACCUCUGGCCGGAGCAAAACACCGACAGCGACCCCGCCCGCUACGCCACCGCCGCGCUCGCGCCCCACACCGGCUGGCAGCCGUUGAUCGGCUCCUUCGCCGCCGCCUUCCGCGCCAACGCCUCGUCCGCCGCGGCGCUGCGGCCGUUCGGCAACGAGACCGUCACCGGCGCGCUGUGGUACAAGACGAUCCUGCAGUCGACGACGUGCCCGCGCGAGGGCGAGGGCGGCGUGUACGCCAAGCCCGACGGCUGGGACAAGGGCGAGGACGUGCUGAGCUGGGCCGUCAUCGUCGGCGACGACGCCGACGGCUGGAGCGCGAACUUGAUCAGCGACGGCGAGCAGAUCGCGAGCGUGGGCCUGGUGGCCGGGCUGAACUACGGCAAGGCCGAGGGGCUGAAGGCUGGGUUCCAGCGGUUGGAGGUGGUGGAUGGGGAUGGCAAUGCUGUGAGGGUGGCGGCCGGUGGCAGGUGCGUGUCGACGGGGUGCCCGGAUUGCAUUUACAACAUGAAUCCUCAGGUUGUCGGAUUUUCGGAUAACGAGGACGAUGGAGAGUGUCCGGAUCCGGAGUGCAGUCAGUAG